CGAAUACUUGGAAUUGGGGACUUCAGUGCUAGCGAAGAUGGCGGCGGCCGCAGCGAGUCGAGGGGUCGGAGCAAAGCUGGGCCUGCGUGAGAUUCGCAUCCAUUUGUGCCAGCGCUCUCCCAGCAGCCAGGGCGUCAGGGACUUCAUCGAGAAACGCUAUGUGGAGCUGAAGAAGGCGAACCCCGAUCUUCCCAUCCUAAUCCGCGAAUGCUCUGAUGUGCAGCCCAAAUUGUGGGCCCGCUACGCAUUUGGCCAAGAGAAGAGUGUCUCUUUGAACAACUUCAGUACUGAUCAGGUAACCAGAGCGUUGGAGAAUGUGCUAAGUGGCAAAGCCUAAAGCCUCCACUGAGGAUUAAGAACAACAGCCCCAGAGCCUGGGCUCUGCUGGACUGAGUACAAUGUGGAAAAAUGUGUUCUCCCAUUCCUUAUAAAGCUUGUACUGUCAAA